GCAGGGGGCGGUAGCGCGGCGGCGGCGGCAGGCGGCGGGAGGCGCCCGGGCCGCUGGAAGAUGGCGGUGCGGAAGAAGGACGGCGGCCCCAACGUCAAGUACUACGAGGCCUCGGACACCGUCAGCCAGUUCGACAACGUCCGCCUCUGGCUCGGCAAGAACUACAAGAAGUACAUCCAGGCCGAGCCCCCCACCAACAAGUCGCUGUCGAGCCUGGUGGUGCAGCUGCUGCAGUUCCAGGAGGAGGUCUUCGGCAAGCACGUCAGCAACGCGCCCCUCACCAAGCUCCCGAUCAAAUGCUUCCUGGACUUCAAGGCAGGAGGAGCUCUGUGCCACAUCCUGGCAGCUGCUUAUAAGUUCAAGAGCGACCAAGGAUGGCGGCGUUUCGAUUUCCAGAAUCCCUCCCGCAUGGAUCGCAACGUGGAGAUGUUCAUGACCAUAGAGAAGUCCCUGGUGCAGAACAACUGCCUGGCCCGGCCCAACAUCUUCCUGCACCAGGAGAUCGAACCCAAGCUGCUGAGCAAGCUGAAGGACAUCGUGAAGAGGCACCAGGGCACAGUGACCGAGGACAAGAGCAACGCUUCCCACAUCGUCUGCCCUGUCCCCGGGAACCUGGAGGAAGAGGAGUGGGUCCGGCCGGUGAUGAAGCGCGACAAGCAGGUCCUGCUGCACUGGGGCUACUACCCUGACAGCUACGACACCUGGAUCCCUGCCAGCGAGAUCGAGGCCUCCGUGGAGGAGGCUCCGACGCCGGAGAAGCCUCGGAAGGUGCAUGCCAAGUGGAUCCUGGACACCGACACCUUCAACGAGUGGAUGAAUGAGGAAGACUACGAAGUGAGCGACGAGAAGAGCCCCGCGGCGCGCAGGAAGAAGAUCUCGGCCAAGACCCUGACAGAUGAGGUGAACAGCCCUGACUCCGACCGCCGCGACAAGAAGGGAGGCAACUACAAGAAGCGGAAGCGGUCGCCCUCCCCCUCGCCCACCCCCGAGGCCAAGAAGAAGAAUGCCAAGAAAGGACCUUCCACCCCCUACAACAAGUCCAAGCGCGGGCACCGGGAGGAGGAGCAGGAGGACCUGACCAAGGACAUGGAUGAGCCUUCCCCUGUGCCCAACGUGGAGGAGGUGACCUUGCCCAAGACAGUCAACACCAAGAAGGACUCAGAGUCUGCGCCCGUCAAGGGUGGCACCAUGACAGACCUGGACGAGCAGGAGGAUGAGAGCAUGGAGACAGCUGGCAAGGACGAGGAGGAGAAUGGCACUGGGAGCAAGGGGGAGCAGGCCAAGAACCCUGAGCUGCACGAGGACAACGUCACGGAGCAGACUCACCACAUCAUCAUCCCCAGCUACGCGGCCUGGUUCGACUACAACAGCGUCCACGCCAUCGAGCGCCGCGCCCUGCCCGAGUUCUUCAACGGCAAGAACAAGUCCAAGACCCCCGAAAUCUACCUGGCCUACCGCAACUUCAUGAUCGACACGUACCGCCUGAACCCGCAGGAGUACCUCACCUCCACCGCCUGCCGCCGCAACCUGGCCGGCGACGUCUGCGCCAUCAUGCGGGUCCACGCCUUCCUGGAGCAGUGGGGGCUCAUCAACUACCAGGUGGACGCCGAGAGCCGCCCCACCCCCAUGGGCCCCCCCCCGACCUCCCACUUCCACGUGCUGGCUGACACCCCCUCGGGGCUGGUGCCGCUGCAGCCCAAGACCCCCCAGGGCCGGCAGAGCGACGGCGACGCCAAGACCGGGCGCAAGAGCAAGGAGCUGGAGGAGCUGGGCACCGAGCCGGUGAAGGGCAAGCUGGAGCUGCAGACUUCGGCCUCGCAGCAGAUGCUGAGCUUCCCCGAGAAGGGCAAGGAGAAGCCUGCAGACAUGCAGAACUUUGGCCUGAGGACUGAUAUGUACACCAAGAAGAAUGUCCCCUCCAAGAGCAAGGCGGCUGCCAGCGCCACGCGGGAGUGGACGGAGCAGGAGACCCUGCUGCUGCUGGAGGCCCUGGAGAUGUACAAGGACGACUGGAACAAGGUGUCGGAGCACGUGGGCAGCCGGACCCAGGACGAGUGCAUCCUGCACUUCCUCAGGCUGCCCAUCGAGGAUCCCUACCUGGAGGACUCCGAGGCCUCCCUGGGGCCCUUGGCCUACCAGCCCAUCCCCUUCAGCCAGUCUGGCAACCCUGUGAUGAGCACCGUGGCCUUCCUGGCCUCCGUGGUCGACCCUCGCGUGGCCUCUGCCGCCGCCAAGUCCGCCCUGGAGGAGUUCUCCAAGAUGAAGGAGGAGGUGCCCACGGCGCUGGUGGAGGCUCACGUCCGGAAGGUGGAGGAGGCAGCCAAGGUGACCGGCAGGGCCGACCCUGCCUUCGGGCUGGAGAGCAGCGGCAUCGCCGGCACCGCCUCCGACGAGCCCGAGCGCAUCGAGGAGAGCGGCGCCGAGGAGGCUCGGGCGGAGGCGCAGCCCAGCGAGGAGAAGAAGGAGGUGAAGGAGCCCCGGGAUGGUGCCAGCGAGGAGGAGGGGAAGGAGAAGCCUGGGGAGACCCCCAAGAAGGAGGAGGAGAAGGGGAAGGAGGUGGAGAGCGAGAAGGAGCCGGACAAGGGUGACAGCGACGGCAACGGGGAGCCAGAGAAGGAGAAGGAGGCCAAGGAGGGGCCGGAGGAAGCGGCCAAGGAGGCUUCAGAGCCCGAGGCUGAGCGCAAGGCCAAGGUGGAGAGGGACAUCGGGGAGGGGAACCUGUCCACCGCUGCCGCCGCAGCCCUGGCUGCUGCUGCUGUCAAGGCCAAGCACCUGGCGGCGGUGGAGGAGCGCAAGAUCAAGUCCUUGGUGGCCCUGCUGGUGGAGACCCAGAUGAAGAAGCUGGAGAUCAAACUGCGACACUUCGAGGAGCUGGAGACCAUCAUGGACAGGGAGAGAGAGGCUGAGGGUGCCCCCCCCCGCCCCGGUGCCGGUGUCCGGUGUGGGCUGGCGGGGGGCGGAGCGGCGGCCGCCGGUGCCGGGCGGGAGCCGAACGGGAACCGGCGAAACAUUUCCGUGAGCAGCUUCCCUGGCACCAAGCUGGCAUCGCGCACGGGGACGUGGGCAUCAGCCCUGGCACGGCCAGAUCCGCGGCUGCUGGGGGGCACGGACCCCGCCCCCCCGCCCCCCAAAGGCACUGAACGGCGGGGAGGGGGCGGGGGGGGGGCGGAGGAGGCCUCGGCCCCGGAGCUGGCUGCAGAGGUUCCAGGAGGCUUUGGUGGCAUCGGUGCCGGUGGCAAGGCCCCAGCGGUGCCAGGAGCCCGGCGCCAGGGGCCCUUAAGUGCUUGGGCGCCAGGUGGGGUGGCUGGAGGUUGGCACGGCUGGGGGUUGGCACGGCGGGGGGGGAGUUGGGUGGCACCGCUGGGAUUUGACUUCCCCGGGGCUCGGCGCUGCCGGGGUUUUGGCAUCGCCAGGGGCUGGCAUCGCCAGGCUGGCACCACGUCCUCGCCCUGGUCCUUGUAA